AUGGCAUCUGAUCAGAACUCUGGCCAAAGCCUUGCUGUUGCGUUGGGGCAUAUAAACACCCCAGAAACAACACAAGUUACGUCCAAACUGGAGAUAUUGCCAAUUGAACUUCAGCGCGCGAUCUUGGAAUAUGUUUCAAGACGAGAUGUUCUCAAUUUGGCCCAGGUCAGAGCCAUGUCUUAUGCUGCUCGUCUAAACAUAUAUACUUCGGUUUCGCUCCGCCUCGCCCAACACGAAGGCUUUAUCCAGGACGUAAAUCGGUUUAUGUCCGCGGGUUCACGUAAUAUGUCUCUAGUACAAAACCUUUCGAUCCUAAAUUCGAAACGCAGAAGGAUUCUAGGUGUAUGUAGUAUAGGAGCUCCUUACCGUUUUGGUCGCUCUGGAGAAUGGAGGCAGAAGCGCUUAUUUACCGAAUAUUCCAUUCUCUUCAACCGGAUGAUGCGAAUUUUGUUUUCCAAUACUUCCGGUCUCCGAACUGUCCGCUGGUUUCAUUUAUUUAAAAUGGACCACGAUACCUUCGCUUCCCUUUUUAACACCCAUGUCGAUACAUUGAUGGGGAUCGAGACAUAUACGCUUACGGGUGACGAAAUCCCAAUUCUCCCCGGACACCCUAGCUUGGACCAAUUCCCCAGGUUGAGAAUAGGGUUCUCUGCGUUUCAGGCCUCUGGCUGCAAUAAAAUCCUUAACCCAUCGGUUAUAUCGUUGAUUGCCCGUUUAACCCGGCGUCUCUCUCAUUUCGUGCUUGGCGAUGAACGUCUAGUCCUCAUCGUGGACAGCAACGCCACUACUAGGUCGAAUCCACCAUAUAUUCAGAUGCCUUUACAUGAAGUUUUGCAGCCACUAGCCGAAGCGCAAGUAACCUUCGGCAAUUUAUCACAAUUAGAUAUCAUUGGCAUAGACAUGACUCCGCUGCAAAAUCAAUUGGCCCCCUUGCGCCCCACAUUCGACUUGUAUAAUCUCAGAAGACUCAGCCUUGUGUCCUGUGUCGGCACAGAAGGCCUUUUGAACGUGCUAUCAAUGCCCGCGCCUCAUAUGAUGUCUCCAUAUGUGUUUAGUCGGAUGCGACUGAAAGAGUUCUGUAUCCGUUACGAAGGUCCAACGCUAGGAUUGAAGAUCGCCUUAGUACGGUUUCUAACUUCGUUUACUGGCCUAGAGCUGCUAUCCGUGCUCCUUGACGAUGAACCCGAAAAUACAAUGAUCGACCACACAGGAUUCAUGUAUGCACAUGGCCCGACUUUAAAAGUUCUCGUCUGGGAAGUUCGGAAACAAAAUCGACAUGAGCGUCCCUUUGGGCUGGAGGAUGAUAUUCGGGGGAAACCUGCUUUUCUUGAGCUGUUGAGUCAGACCUGCCCGAAUCUCCAGGAACUCAGCGUCGUCCUUAACAUGCGACUACUUUACGUGAGGGGUCGGGGCUUCGAUAGGAUCCACUCGCGGAGACCCUAUGCGAUGCUACGGCUCCCGCAUCUGAAAACGCUUCACUGUCGUGAUUUUCUUAUGCCGAAAGGGCGCUUAUUGACAACAGCUUUUGUCAUCGACGCAACCAAAAGCAUCGCAACCAUGUUUCUCGAUUGGGCAUUUCACUUCCACAGGUUCUCUUCUCCGCUGGAACUAUUGGCCGUCGUUGAACCCGCUCUUGACAGCGAGAGGGCCCUAUGCAAGCAUUGA